AUAUUUGACAAGCCGAUGCUUCAGCAGACUGUUUACGAAGCUGGGGAUGAGACAUAUAAAGCAGAUCCCUCCGCGCAGAGCUCCAAGUCGUUGAGAAUCCUUUGUGUUUGGCGCCAUCGUGUGGCAGCGUUUGGACACUACACGAGCCGACGCCUCUGCGGGCCUUAUCUCUCCAGCUCCGGUUGCCAGUGGUGCAGAUUUAACGGCGACACCGCUGCAAGCAGCAGGAUGGUCCUCCGUGUCCUGGACAGACAGCUCCUGAGGAGCGCCGGCUGUCGGGCUCUCAUGGCCAGGCUGCAGAGACAGGCUCAGAGACAGACUCAGAGACAGAGCCGUGGCUGUGUUUACUCCAGCGUCCACGGCUUCGACCGCGAGGAGAUCAGCGGGAAGCUGCGGGCCUUCCCCGGAGGCUCCGUCGAUCUGCUGCGGCGGGACUCCGGCAUCGCCGUGCUGACCAUCAACAACCCAGCUCGCAUGAACGCCUUCUCCGGCAGCAUGAUGGUGGAACUGGAGGAGAGGGUGAGCCAGCUGGAGAGCUGGACGGAAGGCAAAGGCCUCGUUGUUCAGGGCGCCGCUGGGACGUUCUGCUCUGGAUCUGACCUCAACGCAGUCCAAGCGAUAUCCAACCCACAGGACGGGAUGAAAAUGUGCAUGUUCAUGCAGGACGCGCUAACAAGACUACUCAGGCUGCCUCUGAUCUCCGUGGCUCUGGUGGAGGGCAGAGCUGUGGGCGGAGGCUCAGAACUCGCCACCGCCUGUGAUUUCAGAUUAAUGACACCAGGCAGCGUGAUCCAGUUCGUCCAUAAACACAUGGGUCUGGUCCCGGGCUGGGGAGGCGCCGCGCGGCUCGUCCGCAUCGUGGGAAGCCGGAACGCGCUGAAGCUGCUUGGCGGCGCUCUGAAAGUAGACCCCGAACUUGGCCUGGGCAUCGGGCUGGCAGACGGAGUCCUGGAGGCCGACGAGGACGCAGGGACUCCCCUGCAGCAGGCGGAAAACUGGCUGCGUCGCUACACCGAGGGACCGGCCCCUGUGAUCCAGGCGGUUAAAAAGGUGGUGCUGGCAGGAAGAGAGCUCCCCCUGACCGAGGCUCUGAGGACGGAGAAGGACGUGUUUGGAACGGUGUGGGGCGCUCCGGCUAAUCUGCAAGCCCUGGCCAGCAAGUCCAAACACAGAUGACUAGGCCCCAGAAUAUGAAUAUAUAUAUAUAUAUAUAUAU